AUGGGUGGCUGCUUCGCCUGCUUCAGGUCCCAGCAGGAAGAAGUUGUCAAGCUUCCUGAAGAUCAGGAGAAGAAACAGACUGAGACUGCGCCCCCAGCCCUCUCCCAUCCCAGCCCGGUGGAGCCCCUGGAGGACACUGGAGCCACCGUGUUGGAUGCCUGCCCAGGUCCCUCCACCAGCAGGGGGGCUCUGCAAGAGGUGGGAGCAAGCCAGACUCUGGGGCCAACCAUCACCUUCUGCUUCUCCUCUCUUGCAGACCUCCCUCAAGGCCACGAUCCAGAGGCCUCGUCCCUCCAGCCUCCUCGCCCCAUCUUCGUGUGGUCCUCCUCCUCGGCCUCCACUGAAUAUCUCCACCUCUCCGCCACCUGCUCCUUCUCCCCCUCCUGCCUCUCCCUGAAUCCCUCCGCUUCCCCUCCUCGAGGUAUUCACGAUGUGGAAGAGAACCUGGCGAACCUCAUGGCACUGCAGAACAAGCAGGUGGAGGACCGACAAGAAGAUCUCAUGAUCUUCAGCGCAAACCUUCAGCAUGUAGUGAUGAUGAGAAGGCAGCUGCAGCAACUCAGCACCAGGCUCGGCCAACUGGAAGCCAUGUUGGUAGAAAAUUAAUAAGAUUUGUUGUUGUUGUUUAUGAAUUUAUUUAUUUUAUUGUCAUUUGUUUACCAAAUUUAGUGCAAAAACAUAAAGCUCUGUUUGUUUUUCA